ACAAAGUAUCUCCGAAUCCACCAACAUAUCACCGACCAAUAAACUAGUAGAAAUACACCAGAAACUAUGACGGCUUCCACUAUUGUUUUGAUCACGGGUGUCAGCAGAGGUAUCGGAAAGACUCUCGCUGAGACCUACCUCUUGCGGCCCAAUCAUAUCGUCAUCGGUAGUGUCCGUGACAAGACAGCCUCGAACGCUCGGAGUCUUGCGAUCCUACCCGCGGCCAAGGGUUCGCGCAUGCAUUUGAUACAGAUUGAAAGCACGUCUUCAACGGACCCUGCCAAUGCCGUCAAGGAACUUGAAGCUGCUGGCAUCGACCAUAUUGACGUGGUCAUUGCAAAUGCAGGUGGUGCUGGCGACAAGGGCAUCAUCCCAUUGGAUGUGGUGGAUGUCAAUGCCGUGACCGAUCUCUUCAAGGUUAACACCAUCGGUCCCCUCAUGCUCUACCAGGCCGUUCGACCUCUGCUUGAGAAGUCUAGGGUGCCAAAGUGGGUGUCCGUCACGAGCGCUGCAGGGUCUAUUGGCAACCUCGAGAUCUUCAAGGCCCACGUUGCACCGGCCUAUGGUAUUGCUAAGGCCGGAUUAAACUGGGUGACAGUGUAUCCUCGACUAAACUUUAGUAUCGACAGAGCUGCACACAGCGCGAACAAGUGGUUGAUUGCCUUUGCCGUACACCCGGGUCUUGUACAAACCGAUGGUGGAAACCGAGCCGCCCAGGCAAUGGGGCUACAGCAGGCACCGCAUACAAUGCAGCAGAGUGCUACUGCUAUCAUUGGUCUGAUAGAUAAUGCAACCCGUGAAAAGACAUCGAGCAAGUUUUUUAAUGUUAUAGAUGGUACUGAAAUUCCCUGGUAA